AUGCAGCUCCUUAGAUCACCUGCCUUCCACUGCGGCGUUCGAUGCAUACACCGGACCAUUGAAGAGUUCAAGCAUGGUCGCGACCCCAACGAGCCGCUCCGGCAGGGCGAGGCGACGGCCGAUCCGAAUCGCUCGAGUGAUGGGUUCUUCAAGCACUUCGUCGAUGAGCUGAGGAACCAGAUUAGAGGGACUCCGACUGAUCCGCCGCCGCCGCCAAAGAACGCUAUCUCGAAGAAUGCACCACAAAAGAGGUAA